AUGGCAAGCUUGAGGAACUUACAGAAUAUGCGUCAUGCUUUCACCUGGAAUAUGUUGAUAGCAUACGCUAUCAUUGCCACCAGUGUUUUUAGCUAUGGCUUUGAUGACGCUGUGUACUCGACUAUUCAGACAAUGGACUCUUUCGAAAAGCAAUUCGGCACCUACGAUAGCUCCACCGGGGAGUAUGGAUUCAGCACACAGCAUUUGGCCUUCCUCAAUUCUCUUGGCCUGCCUGCAAAAGCAGCUGGCACAUUCAUCGGAUGGGCGAUUGGAGAAUACUAUGGACGUCGAACCUGCUUUAUAGGCAUGCAGCUGAUGUGCAUCAUCGGUAUCUCUGUCAGUUACAGCGCGACGACUUUCGGUCAGAUCCUGGCCGGACGGAUGAUAGUACAAUGUUUCAUUGGCUGGGAGGACUGGCUUGUGCCCAUGUUCCUCGGUGAGAUCUGUCCUACUGUGGUUCGCGGGGCGACAGUGGUGGUAUACGUCUUUGCCCACAUUUUUGGCUCGUUUAUAUGUGCUAUCAUCACGUAUGAAACGGCCAAGUUGGAGGGAAACGCUGCUUGGAAAAUCCCGAUCGGGGUGAUGUGGACGUUCCCCUGCUUCAUCUUGCUUUGCAGUUGGCUUGUCCCAGAGAGCCCUCGGUGGCUUGUCCGGAAGAACAAGAUUCAGGCGGCGACGAGACAGCUCGAAUACCUUAACAAGGGGAAGGAUAUAGAUGUUGCUGGUGAAGUGGCGUUUUUGCAAGCAGCUGUCGAGGCAAACGCGCAAACAAAAGGCUCCUGGGCUGAACUUCUCCAGGGAACCAACCGGAGACGGACAAUGAUUGCAGUCAUGACUGCGGCUUUCAAUCAAUUGACUGGACAAUCCUUCGUCAGUCAGUAUGGCAGUCUGUUCGUCAAAUCCCUAAAAGUCAUGAACCCGUUCGCCUUCACGCUAGGAUCCCGAGGCAUCUCGACCGUGGGCCCUCUAGUUACCUUCUCCUUAGUUGACACGACUGGAAGACGGCCCAUUUAUCUAAUCGGCGGUACCAUGACCACCGCCCUACUCAUGAUCUGUGGUGGGCUAGGGACAGGCACCAUAACCGAUGGCAAAAAGCGUGGAGUUUGUGGAGUGCUCAUGAUGUACGGGCUGUUUUACAUCAUGUCUUUCGGGUCUAUUUCUGUCAUUACGGGCGCAGAAACUCCCCAUCUGCGACUACGUGAUAAGACCUCGGUUGUUGCCUGGCUUAUCCGGAUUGUUUGCGACUUUGCAGUCUCCUACUCUCUUCCCUACCUACUCGAUGCCCCGUAUGCCGAUCUCCAGUCCAAGGUUGGCUUUAUCUAUGGCUCCCUUGCAGCCGUGGGGGUGGCUUGCGGAUACUUCUUCCUCCCCGAGCUCACCGGACGCUCACUGGAGGAGCUGGAGGAUAUGUGGCAGCGGCGCAUCCCUGCGCGCAAGUUUGCUGACUGGGAAUCCGACCGCACCGGAAGUAUCGGAGCCAAGGUCACCGAGAUGGAGGGUGAGACAGAGGAUGCUGAGAAGGCUCGAGCAUAUGCCAGCGUCCGAGCCGCUUUCGCCUCGGGUCGCACCAAGAGCAAAGAUUGGAGACGCCAUCAGCUUAAGAGAGCCUGGUGGAUGGUCGAGGACAACAAGGAUCGCAUCCUUGACGCCCUUCGUGCCGACUUGAACAAGCAUCCUCUGGAGGCUAUGCUGGGGGAAAUUACGGGCCUUCAAAAUGACAUUCUGCGUACCCUUGACAAGCUUGACGAGUGGACAAUGGAUGAGAAGCCCACAAGAUGGGAUCCCAUCAACUUUUUGGGCGGAACUGUAGUCCGUCAAGAGCCAUUGGGCGUGUCAUUGAUUAUUGGCGCUUGGAACUUCCCUUUCAUGCUGACCUUACAACCCUUGGUCGCUGCUAUUGCCGCUGGCUGUGCGGUGGUCCUGAAGCCGUCCGACGUUGCACAAGCCUCCCAGGAUCUCCUGAUGGAGAUCGUCCCCAUGUACAUGGAUCGCGACGCUAUUACUUGCGUCAGUGCAGGGCCGUCGGAAAUGAAGCAUAUUCUUGAAAGUCGCUUCGAUCACAUCUUCUACACUGGCUCUGCAAAUGUUGCCAAGAUCAUCUAUGCUGCUGCUGCCAAACAUUUGACCCCCGUCACUUUGGAACUGGGGGGUCAAGGGCCUGCAAUUGUUGCCCCAUCUGCGAAUAUCGAUCUCGCGGCAAAACACAUUGCUUGGGCUAAGUUUUCGAAUGCUGGACAGAUCUGCGUCAACGUGAAUCACGUCCUCAUUGACCCUAGCAUACGUGAAGCUUUUUUGACGAGACUGAUCCAUUACUUUGACGAGUUCACUGGCGGUCGAGAUAACAAGCCAGACUACUACAGUCGCAUCAUCAACGAGCGAAAUUUCGAUCGUCUCGAGUCUCUUCUCGAUAGAACCUCCGGUAAGGUCAUUUACGGCGGCAUUCGCGACCGUCAAAAUCGAUACUUCGGACCUACCAUUGUUGUGGGCGUUAGUCCCGACGAUCCUCUUCUGUCUGAAGAGCUCUUUGGCCCCAUCCUGCCCAUCAUUGACGCGGACCUUGAUACCGCUAUCUCUUUCACUCGCAGUAUUGAGCACCCAUUAGCUCUUUACGCCUUCACCAACAUCGAGUCUGAAAAGAAACGCAUUCAAGAUGAGACUUCUUCUGGUGGUGUGACGUUUAAUGACUGUCUCCUCCAUGCCGCUGCUCUUGAUGCGCCCUUUGGUGGUGUGGGGAACUCUGGUACUGGUUGCUACCAUGGAAAGUACGGAAUACUUGCUUUCUCGCAUCUUCGCACAUAUACGAAUGCUAUUCCAACGUGGAUGGAGGGGGCGAUGGGUGCGAGAUACCCUCCUUACUCUGAGAAAAAUAUAAGGAAGCUAUCACCGCCUGUCAAGGCACCUUUUGACCGAGAAGGGAACGACACAACUUCUCGCAGCAAAGUUUUGAGUGCUGCGGCCACUCUAGCAGUUCUUGGUAUUUCAGUCUGGAUGUUUGGAGCGAGAGAGAAGCUCCCGCCUUAUGGAAAGAACUGGUUGAGGAAGUGAUGCUGUGUAUUUGAUGUAUCUAUUUUGAUUGAAG